AUGGACAUAAAAAUAUAUAGUAGGUCCCCAUUCUUGAGGGUUCAUAGUAAAGUUAAGGUAGUACUUUUAAGUGUUUACAUAUUUUGGGUAGUAAAUAUAGAAUCUACACAGGCGUCUCCAAAUUUAACUAAAUAUAAUAAUACACCAAGUAACAACGAAUAUAUUACGACACAACGAAAUGAGACACCGACGAAUGAGUUGUUCCAUUGGGAGGACUACAGUGUGCUAGCCACAAUGUUAGCAGUCUCAUGUGGCAUUGGCGUCUUUUAUGGGUACUGUGGGGAGAAACAAACAACUGGAGAUGACUUCUUACUGGGCGGUUCCUCAAUGGGCACGUUUCCCAUGGCCCUGAGUUUAGGCGCAAGUUUCAUUACAGCUAUAGAACUUUUAGGAAAUCCGGCUGAAAUGUAUAUGGCCGGUGCACAAUUCUGGAUGAUAUGUGUGGCUUUUGUAUUGGUUGUGCCCAUAGCAAGUCAGCUUUAUUUGCCAGUGUUUAUGAGGCUGCGCUUAACAUCGUGCUAUGAAUAUUUGGAAAUUAGAUUUUGCAAAUCAGUCCGCGUGUACGCAAGCACGCUGUACAUGAUGCAGAUGGUAUUGUAUACAGCGGUAGCAGUGUAUGCGCCUGCGUUGGCUCUAUCUGACGUGACCGGUCUAAAUACAUAUCUUGCGGUGUCUUUGGUAUAUAUAGUGUGUAUUUUCUACGCAUCUCAGGGUGGUAUGAAAGCUGUUAUUAUGACGGACAGCUUUCAAUCGGCCGUACUACUUGGAUCGCUUGCCGCGGUCCUUUCAAUGGGAGCCAGGAAAGCAGGAGGUCUGGAUGCAGUGUGGGACUACGCAAAGCGUACUGAGCGGUUCCACUUUUUUGACAUGAAUCCCGACCCCACUGUGCGCCACUCCUUUUGGUCGGUGGUCGUCGGCGGUACCAUGUAUUGGCUGAGCAUGUUUUGCGCCAACCAAGCGUCGGUGCAAAAGUACCUCUCCGUGGAACGCAUCGCUCAGGCCAGAGUGGCGCUAUGGGUUUCCGCCGUCGGCCUUAUCGCGGUGUACUCGGUCAAUUUCGCCACCGGCGCCGUCCUUGCCGCGCAUUAUGCUGAUUGCGAUCCCAUUCAGGCUCGCAUAAUCAACGCUUCGGAUCGGCUUCUUCCGCUAUACGUUGUUCGAGAAUUGGGAGCAGCGCGAGGUAUUCCAGGAUUUUUCGUCGCGGGAAUUUUUGCGGCCAGUCUUGGGACGGUAGCAUCAGCUUUAAACUCGUUGGCUGCUAUUGCAUGCCAGGACUUGUUUACUGGCUUACUUGGGAUAACUCUGCCUGAAAACAAGGGGGCUGUAAUAGCUAAGUGGGUGUGCUUAGCGUGUGGAGCUAUAUCCUUUGCCUUGGUAUUUGCCGUCGAACGCCUCGGUCCAGUUCUGCAACUAGCACUCUCGUUCAACGGAAUGGCGGGAGGCGUAUCAUUGGGGCUUUUCAGUCUUGGGAUGCUCUUUCCGUGGACUAAUGCUAAAGGUGCAGUCACUGGAGGCGUAUUUGGAUUGCUGGUAGUAGUUGCAGCCGGUGGUGGAGCUCAAUUUGUGCAGCUUCCAUUGCCACGUCUUCCCGUCUCAACUGAUGGAUGUCCAGCGUCAUACAACCUUACCACACUCAUGACAGCAAACCCGACGGAAAAUCGGGGUGAAUCAGUGUUUUGGCUGUUCCGUGUGUCCUACCUGUGGUAUGCAGGUUUGGGGUGCUUCGCAACCCUGUUGGCCGGACUGAUUACCUCCGUCGUUACCGGGGUAACUGACCCGUCGCAUGUGCCCAUCGAUUUGAUAUCGCCGCCUGUUAUCACGUUCCUCAAUUCUUUGCCUACCAAGUUUAAAAAAGCACUCCGCGUGCCGACGCGUUUCGGCUGCGAGCGUCGGCGCAGCUCGAGCGUGCGGCCGCCGAGCGUCGCCGACGACAAGGACACGAGACGGAGGCGGCGGCUGUCCGAGCUCGCGGGCGGCGUGUUCUACAGCGACACGCCGCUCACGCGCGGCUGCGACAACCCCGCCCUGGCGCUCGACCCGGAGAAACCGCCGCCCGACGACUGCACCCACCACUCAUUCACCCUCGAGCCCACGUCGUCACCCAGCUGCCCGCAGACGUCCACUUGC